GUCGAAAUGCCUCAACUGCAAACGUGAACUGAAUCGUUCGUUCUCAAAAGCACAGCUACAUUCCCUCUUCCCUCUUCCUCAGCGCAAUGCGCACUUGACCCAGCUUACAACCUUUUCUUCCUAUCUUCACUUUCAUUUCUUCCGUCCGCCUCUCCUCUCCUCUCCGCCAUACCGAUUGUCACCAUGCCUGUCACCCUUGUACUUGGCUCCCAAUGGGGCGACGAGGGUAAAGGCAAACUCGUGGACAUUCUCGCUUCAUCGGCCUCGAUGGUCUGUCGCGCCGCUGGUGGCAACAACGCCGGACACACAAUAGUCGUCAACGACGUCACCUAUGACUUCCACAUCCUCCCUUCAGGCCUGAUCAACCCAUCCUGCAACAUCAACCUCAUUGGCACUGGCUGCGUUGUACACAUUCCGAGCUUCUUCAAGGAGUUGAAAGCACUAGAGGAGAAGGGACUGCAAGGCGUCCGGGACCGCAUCCUCAUAAGCGAUCGAGCGCACGUCUGUUUCGACCUGCACGGAGUCGUCGAUGGCGCGGCAGAGGACAAGAGCAAGAGCAUCGAAGGAGGGAAGGGCAUGAUCGGCACCACGCGUAAAGGCAUCGGCCCGUGCUACAGCGACAAAGUUGCCCGUCGCGGUGUGACGUUUUGGAUGCUUGUCAACGAGGAACAACGGUGGGAGAAACGCCUGCGCGACCUGGAAGCCAACUAUCGCAAAUUGUACGGCGACGCCGCGCUACAGGGCUACGACGUCGAGGAAGAGAUCAAGAAGCUGCGCGGCUUCCGUGGCGAAUUGCAACAGUACGUCGUCAGCCAGACACCAUUGCUGGCGCAGGCAGUCGGACGAAAAGGCGUCGCGACAGCCAGUUCGAAUGGUGCAGACGCGGCUCAGACGCCCAACAUCUUGAUCGAAGGCGCCAAUGCUCUGCUCCUCGACAUCGAUCACGGUACCUACCCGUUCGUCACGUCCAGUAACACCGGACUCGGCGGCGUCUUCACGGGCCUGGCAGGCUUGAGCCCGCAAUCGCUUUCCGCGCCCGGCAGCAACAUCGUCGGCGUGGUCAAAGCCUACACGACGCGAGUCGGCUCAGGGCCCUUCCCGACCGAACUCGAUGCCAAGAUCUCCCCCGUCGACGCCGACUACGGCGAGCGGUUACAGCGCGUCGGCCGCGAAUUCGGCGUGACCACGGGCCGGAAACGACGAUGCGGCUGGCUCGAUCUCGUGCUGGUCAAAUACUCGGCGGCCGUCAACUGCUACACGCAGCUGAACCUGACCAAGCUCGACGUGCUGGAUGACUUUGACGAGAUCAGGGUGGCCACCGGUUACGAGGUCGACGGUCGGGUUUUGGACGAUUUCCCCGCAGACCUGGACGCCAUGGAGAGGCUGAAGAUUGUAUACAAGACGUUCCCCGGCUGGCAGACGAGUACGACCGGUUGCAAGUCGUUCGAGAGUCUUCCCAAGCAGGCUAGAGAGUACGUCGAGUAUAUUGAGCAGGAGGUCGGCAUCCCCGUCAAGUGGAUCGGCACAGGCCCUCGUCGAGAAGACAUGAUUCUGAGGUAAUCCGGCUUAAGGGGAUACCAAUUUCAUUGAAGAGAGGUCGAAUUCUUACCUAGGUAGGUAUGGACACCAAUUUGGCUUUGAUAGAGAAAACGCACUGUUACAGGCAUUAUUGUGGGUGGGAAGUCCUCUAGCAUGCAAGAAAGGUAGAGCCACUACGGAGUAGGCUCCCAUGAUAGAAUUGUCAUGCAACAUGACCUACACACUUGCUAUGGUUCUGACAGUUGACCUUGCGGUGUUUAAGCCCUCCGCCCAGGCUAUGCCAGUCCGAUGAUGUCCCGCGCAACUAGACCUUCCAAGUUCAACUCCACGCUGAAUAGAUUGGGGGUAUCACUCGCAUUGUAUUGCUUCGCUUCGCUUCCUCUUCU